AGUUCAACAAGAGCGCCAACCCAAAACCCACCUUCAAGCAUCAUGAAAUUCGCCGUCGCCGUUGUCUUCACCCUGGCCCUGGCCAUGGGCGUGCAGUCCUCCGUGAUCCCUCUGCUGUCGCAGGUGGCCGGACAUGGUCUGUCCUACACCGCCGUCUCUGGACCCGCUGUGGUGGCCUCCCCCUGGGCCGUUCCCGCUGCCCACUGGCCCGCCGCCGUGAAUGUGGCUUCCUGGCCUCCGGCAGCUGUCCAUGCUCCCGCUGCCGUGGCUGUCCAUGCCGCUCACGCUCCCGCCGUGGCUGUCCAUGCCGCUCAUGCUCCCGCCGUGGUUGUGGCUCCGGUUGCCCAUGAGGGCGUCUACACUGCCCAGACCCGCGGAGCCAUCCACACCGCUCCCCUGGCCGGACACAUCCAGUCGGUGGCCUCCAUCAACGCUGCUCCCGCCCCCGGAACUCUGUAAAAAGGAUGCUGGAGAAUCAAAAUCCAUUCCUGAACUGAUCAGACCCUUGCCGCUGCCCUUUGGAAACUGCCAUUGAUGGUGGGAAGCCCCACUCAUUACCUACACCACUGCUUUGUAAAUACAUUGUAUAUAUAGUCCUAUA